AUGCGCUUUAUUGUGAUCGGCUCUGUUCUCGUGUGUAUUGCAAUAAGUUUCAAAAUCGAUUUGCCUCACGUAAAUUGUAAUGUGGAUGGAACAGUUCAAACAGGUUGGGAGCCAAUACGUGAUUUAUUUCAAAAAAAUUUCCAAGAUAAUCGCGACUUAGGUGCGUCCUUAGCUGUUUACCACCAAGGAGAACUAGUUGUGAAUUUAUGGGGCGGAUGGUUCGACAAACAGAAAACGAAGCCCUAUGAUAAUGAUACACUACAACUCGUCUUUUCAACAUCAAAAGGUCUUGUGGCAAUGGCUGUUGCUCUUUGUGUGCAACGUGGUUUAUUGAACUAUACUGAUAUGGUUAUAAAAUACUGGCCUGAAUAUGGACAAUGUGGCAAAGAAAAUACAACAGUGGCUGACAUCAUGUCGCAUAGAGCUGGAUUACCUGCAUUGAGGAAUACUAAUUUAUCGAUUCAUGAAUACUUAAAUUGGUGUUCAGUGAUUGAUAAACUGGAGAAACAAGAACCAUACUGGAUACCAGGUACGCAACAUGGUUAUCAUCCAUACACUUAUGGAUGGUUAGCUGGAGAACUUGUUCGACGUGUUGAUAUACAAAAAAGAACUUUAGGACAAUUUGUCACAGACGAAAUUGCAAAACAGACACAAAGUGAAUUUUAUAUUGGAUUACCUGAAGAAAACGAACACCAAACUAACUCAUUACUACAAGAAACAUUAUUACCUUAUUCAGAACUAGAUAAAUUUAAUGAUCCAAAAGUACACCAAGCUGAGAUUCCUGCAGCGAAUGGGAUAACGAAUGCUCGAUCUCUAGCUCGAAUUUAUGCAUCUUUGAUUGGCGAUUUAGACACUCCAAAACGACUAUUGAAUGAGAUUGUUUUAAAACAAGCAACAAAAUCAAAUACACCUGAAAAUGAACCAGAUCAAGUUUUGAUGCAUAUAUCGACCAUGUUUGGAAUGGGUUUCAUGACUUAUGGAUCAGUAUUUAAUGUAAUGGGACCAGGAACAUUUGGUCACAAUGCUGCUGUAAUUGUUUCUAUGGUAGUUGUUGUUAUUUCUAGUGCUCUUGUUAUUAUUUCUGUAGCUGUUGCUAUUUCUGUGGCUGUUGUUGUUGUCGUCGUUUUUAUGCUUGUUAUAGCAGUAUUAAUUGCUGUGCUCUCUUCUAUCGUUGUUUUUAUGAUUGUUGUUAUUGUUGUUGUUGUUGCUAUGGUUGUUAUUAUCUCAGAAAUGAAAGGAAUAUUAAAGCUGAGAAAAUAA